AUGGUUAAUUCUCGAAAGCGUGAAGAAAAAAUGUGGUCGGAUGUUGUUUCUCGUUUGUUAUUAAACACCGUUUCACAUCCUAUUGAAUAUGCCAAAGUACUGAUACAAAUAGGACAUGAACCAAUAUUACCUCGGGAAACUAGAACGUUAAUUCUCCGAAAGCCAGCUUUAUCACUGCCAAAUAUUUUUCAGUAUGUGAGAUACAUAAAAGCAUGUGAUGGCUUUACUGGUUGCUAUCGCGGUCUGGUACCAAAAAUAUGUGCCUACACUAUCAAUGGUGUUGUUAUGGACAAAAUCAGUGAUUCUUAUUUAUUUACUGAAGUAUUUCCACAAGUUCAGGAUGAUGAUGAACAUAUUGAAGAAUUACCUGAUGAAAAAAGAAAAGCAGCUUAUAUUCGUGAAUUUUUAAAAGAUUCCAUUUGUAAAGUUGCUGGAAUCGUGGCUUGUCAUCCCUUGGAUGUCAUUGCUAUCAGGAUGAUGGCACAAUUUGUUGGGGGCUUAGUACCCCGACUGAUCGCAAACGUAUCAACAAUCGCCCUGGUCAGUUACUCGACGUACCUGAUUAACAAAUACCUGGUCCAUGACCGGGAGUCUAUGUCAUACGUCUCAGCACUGAUGACUCUCCUCUCCACAACAGUUACGUAUCCAUUCUUAGUGGUGUACAACUGCAUGGCUGUCACUAAUUCCGGACUAGCUGCAGGUGAGCCACCACACAUGCCUAUCUACUCAUCCUGGGUGGAUUGCUGGAGGCAUUUAUCAAUGACCAACCAAUUGAAACGCGGAAGCAGUUUGUUGUGGCGUUAUUACACCGGUCCAGCCGCUGUCAUCAAUGGAAAAUUAGUAGUUCUCAACAAAACGCACUACUACACAUUGGAUUAA